AGAAGCAACGACAACGUCAUUACACCUUUAGCGGUCAUUUGAAGCGCUGUUAAUGAUUUACGGGGCGAGUGACAUUAAGUAGCGACCAUAAAUACAGAAGAGGUAGCUCAACCGUUCAUCUAACGACAGUAUUUACAGCCUCCACCCGGACCGGAAACGUUGGGACCGGUGAGAUUAUCAGCACGGACAGUUCAGAUAUUCCAGAAGAGCAGAGACAAGAUGCUGAAGUGCGGUCACUGGGCUCUUCUGCCCCCCAUCUUCUCUGCCUUCACUGCUGCUGGACUGUGGCUGGUAUACUUCAUUGCUGUCCGUGAUGAGAAAAUAGUACCACUGGGCUCGAAAUCCUGGAGAACAAAUGGCUCCUUUUAUCCUCCAUACAUUAGUAUUGCAGGUAACUUUCCACCGGCCAGCUGCAUCUUCAGUGAGGUCAUGAACUUGUCUGCAUUUCUGGCGUUCUUCACGGCCGUCCUCAGAUACCUUCAGCUGAAACCCAGAAUAGACAAGCCGUGGCUGAACGUUGGCAGUCUGACGGCUUUCUCUAUUGGCUGCUUUGGAAUGACGCUUGUGGGAAACUUCCAGCUCUUCAGCGACGAGGUGAUUCACAACCUGGGCACCUUCAUGACGUUCGGGCUGGGAACGCUGUACUGCUGGGCGCAGUCCUACAUCACCCUGAGAGUUGACAUUAAGAACGAGGGGAGGAGGGCUGGGAUCGUUCGCUUCCUGUUGUCGGGGUCCAUCACUCUCUGCAUGGUGCUCUACUUCUCCCUGAUGGGUCUGGGCCUCCACACACAAGCAGCUCAGUGCCAGUGGGCGCUGGUAAUGUUCUUCCUCAUCUUCCUCAGCACUUUCGCCAUCGAGUUCCGUCACAGCCGCUUUGACAUUGUGUGCAUACAUUUUUUUUAGAAAGCGAUACCAAAAACCUGCUUUGUUUACAAUCUGUUUGCUUUGUAUGUACGAAUGUUUUGUUGAAUUACUUUUGCCAUUUUCGAAACUUCUUUUUGAACAUUAUUGACUUCUAAAUUGUUUUGAAACUUUUCAAAUCUUUGCUUUAAUAUCAUUUGAAUGUAUUUAUGUAAUUAGUUUCAUGUAGCUCUUUAAUUGCAGCUUUGCACAAUCAGUAUCACGAAAAAUAAAACUAAA